AUGUCCUUCUCCAAUCCCCUCAAUGUCGCCCUUCUCAUUCCCAUCGCCUAUCUCGUCUUCCGUGCCAUUGUUCCUCAGAAGCCUGUCCCGGAAGUCCCACCAACGACUUACACUGCCGGCGUCUACAACUGGGGACCGGACAAGCACCCCGAGGUCGGCAUCUGGAAGGAGUACACGCCUAUCGAGCUCGCGGAGAGUGACGGCAUCAAGUCGAAGCGCAUCCUCCUCGCCAUCGCCAAGAUGGACAAGGAUCACAACAUCAUUGAGCGCACUGUGUUUGACGUCUCCAAGGGCGCCAACUUCUACGGCCCGGCCCGCGAGAUCACGGUACACGCGCCCAUGCGGAAGCAAGCUGCGGCCUGGGUUCAAAGCUAA